UGGAGCGCAGAGACAGAGGAACUGCUGCUGUCAGAAGCUUUCCAUCCAGCACCAUGGGAAAGAAGAGUCGGGUGAAGACUCAGAAGUCCGGUUCAGGAGCCACCGCCGUGGUUUCCCCGAAAGAGAUGAUGUAUCUCAUCUCUGAACUGCUGCAGAAAUGCAGCAGUGCGGCGCCCUCUGCUGGUAAGGAGUGGGAGGAGUACAUCCAGAUCAGAGGUUUGGUGGAGAAGAUCCGCAAGAAACAGAAGGGCAUGUCGGUCAUGUUCGAGGGCCACAGAGAGGACUACUUCUCCGACCUGAUGUCCUGGGCGCAGGAAAACGGCGCCGCCUGUGACGGCUUCACCGUGGACAACUUCGGAACGGAGGGCUACGGCCUGCGGGCCACCAGAGACAUCAAGGCGGAGGAGCUGUUCCUGUGGAUUCCCAGGAAGAUGCUGAUGACGGUGGAAGCAGCUCAGAACUCUGUUCUAGGUCCGCUGUACAGCCAGGACCGGAUCCUGCAGGCCAUGGGCAACGUGACCCUGGCGCUGCACCUGCUGUGCGAGCGGGCCGACCCGGCGUCCUUCUGGCAGCCGUACGUGCGCAGCCUCCCCCAGGAGUACGACACGCCGCUGUACUACCAGCAGGAGGACGUGCAGCUGCUGCUGGGCACGCAGGCAGUGCAGGACGUCCUGAGCCAGUACAAGAACACAGCGCGGCAGUACGCCUACUUCUACAAACUGAUCCAGACCCAUCCGGCCGCCAGCAAACUGCCCUUGAAGGACAGCUUCACGUUUGAUGACUACAGGUGGGCGGUGUCCUCCGUCAUGACCCGUCAGAACCAGAUCCCCACCGAGGACGGCAGCAGGGUCACCCUGGCCCUCAUCCCCCUCUGGGACAUGUGCAACCAUACAAACGGACUGAUCACCACCGGCUACAACCUGGAGGACGACCGCUGUGAGUGUGUGGCGCUGCAGGAUUACAAGGAGAACGAACAGAUUUACAUCUUCUACGGCACGAGGUCCAACUCGGAAUUCGUCAUCCACAACGGCUUCUUCUUUCAAGACAACGCCCACGACCGAGUGAAGAUCAAGCUCGGCGUCAGCAAGAGCGAGCGUCUGUACGCCAUGAAGGCCGAAGUGCUGGCACGGGCCGGCAUCCCGGCGUCCUGUGUUUUCGCUCUGCACUGUAACGAACCCCCGAUUUCAGCCCAGCUCCACGCCUUCCUGAGAGUCUUCUGCAUGACAGAGGAGGAACUGAAAGAGUACUUGCUCGGUGAGCGUGCCAUCAAUAAAGUCUUCAUCCUGGGCAACAGCGACUUCCCCGUCAGCUGGGAGAACGAGAUCAAGCUGUGGACCUUCCUGGAGACUCGAGCCGCUCUGCUGCUGAAGACCUACAAGACCACCUCGGAGGAGGACAUCUCCAUGCUGGAGAAACCCGACCUGUCUCUCCACGCCCGCCUGGCCAUCCAGCUGCGCCUGGCCGAGAAGCAGAUCCUGGAGAAGGCGUCCGCCAACGGCCGCGCCAAGCGCCUGCACUUCCAGGAGAAGCUGGAGGAGGGCGCCGCGCUGCCGCGCUACGAGGAGAGCGACAUCGCCCUGCUGGAGAACGCCGACGCCGACGCCAAGCUUCCCAUCAUCCUGCGCAAGCUGGAGGAGGUGGAGGAGGAGCCGGAGAGGCCGCUGCAGGAGCACAGCCGCCUCCUGAACGGAGACAAGGCGGUGUACGGGACGGUCAUGGAGGAGGCCAACGGGGAGGCGGAGCAGGAGAACACUCAGAAGGUCGAUUCCGCUCCGGCGUUUAUCGAAAGCCCAAACCAGAAGGGCCAAAAGGAGGAGACUAACCUAAGUGCCAGUCGGACUGAAGAGAAUCCCAAAGAGAACGGUGAAUAAACAGAUUCCGCUUACUGCCGCAGCCCACGCUAUUUAUUUAUUUUUGUGUCUCUGAAAUGACUCAGAAAUAGAGAAGCUGGAAAAGAAAAAAAAAAACCCAAGACAAAUCAAAAGUCAUUGAACUUAUCGAAACUAUGUUCAUCCAGAGUGGCUUUUCUUUGUCCCACGGGGCUCCUGCGGCUUUCAGAGGUUUCUAUUCAAAUGUUUUUGCUACAUGUUGACGAAUUGUGGGUUUACGCGAUAUGAAUAUGAGAGGUUGACGAGAACGAAAAAGUUUGAGAGAGGAAACGAAAGGAAAAAGUGAAUUAGGAGAAACGUUGCUUCCACAAAGCCAAAAUCCCUCUGAUUGAGUCAGUCAGGCCGGCGGUUUUUAUUACUGCAGCUUCUCUCCGUGUGUGUCCCAGCAUGUUAUAAGUUGACAAUCUUUAUUUGCUGGUGCAUUGUGGGGGCAAUGAACAGAGGGGUGAACUGUGUGUAGAAGUGUCUUCAUGAAUGUACCGUGGUUAAAAGGGACUGAUAACCGUCGAUGAAGCCAUAUACAGCACCGAGGUCUCGGUCAAACGGAAACUUUUCACAGAUUUUUCCUUUUUUUUUUCUUUUCCUCCUCCAGACUGCCUUAAAACGAGGCGUCCGAACAUGAUUUCAUUGAAAAGCGAAGCGCGUUCUCACUCGGUUCGCUGUUAACGGUCAGGUUGACCCCGGUCGGUGACGACUCCCCUUCCUUGCUUUGAUGCUGACUGCCGGAAGGUCCGAGGUCCGGUUCGAUUGUCGGACUGACGAGAUUCUCUAGGUUGUGGACAUCAAAGCUCGGCAACAAGUGAACAUACGAAGGCCUUCAUUCACACACCUGCUGCUUGUUUUUGUUGAACAUCAAAUAAAAUCGCAUCAAACACAGUCGAACCUGUUGAUAGAGGAUUCUUGUUCCUGCAAAAGUGAGCAGGUUUUCCAGUAGUAAUGGAUUGAAAAAAAAAAAAAAAAAAAAGACAAAUCACGCAUUGCUGUACUUUCUGUGUUAGGGUUAUGGUAAUAAUCGAGUUUCAGCUCCUGUAUAGAC